AUGAGAGGCCGCACUAUCGAGCGAUUCCCACCUGUCCCCGUGCAAGACGCAGAGCGCUUCUCUAGAGACCCGAGACCCUUGCCUUAUCAGCAUCAUCAGCCUGUGCACACCUGGGUUCCAGGGCUUCCGGGACCGGUCAAUACCGGCCGGCCCACCAUGAUCCCGCCCAACACAAUGAUGGCCACUCCCCCUGCUGUGUAUGCGCAGCCAGGACCUGUCAUGACCGGACGCCCCGUCAUGAAUCCGGCUCACCCAAUGAUUAAUAGUCCUCCUCCUGGUUAUGCGCAGCAAGAGCCUUUCAUGGGGCCCCAUCCUGCCAUGAAUCCAACUCAUGCAAUGAUGACUACUCCUCCUCCUAUUCUUGCGCAGCGGAUGAGGGAGCAAGUUGACCAGUACAAGAUGAUUCUGCAUGACAUUCGCAGGGCAAGCGGACGACUGGAGUUCGAACACCCUCGUUUCACGCCUCACCCGAGCUUCACGGAUUCGCCACCUCCAGAGAUAUACUCGCCGUCCUCAGAGGGAAAGAGUCCCAAGGAGGCGAUGUUCGCCGAAUCGACUCCAACCUCGAAGCUUCGUGGGGACGCGCCCGAGUUUGUUCCUGGCAAACCAUAUGAGAGUAAAAACCAGAAACCAAAGACUGAUCGGGGGUGGAUGAUUGUUUCUAGCACGUAG